AUGGCUUCUCAAAUGAGCAAAAAGCGAAAGUUUGUGGCAGAUGGAGUGUUCUUCGCGGAGCUGAACGAAGUGUUGACUCGUGAGCUAGCUGAGGAUGGAUACUCUGGGGUCGAGGUCAGGGUAACUCCAAUGAGGACCGAGAUCAUCAUUCGAGCCACCCGAACUCAAAAUGUUCUCGGUGAGAAAGGAAGGAGGAUAAGAGAGCUGACAUCGGUGGUGCAGAAACGGUUCAAGUUUCCGGAAAAUAGUGUGGAGUUGUACGCCGAGAAGGUGAACAAUAGGGGGCUUUGUGCUAUUGCUCAGGCGGAGUCGCUUCGUUACAAGCUCCUCGGUGGUCUUGCUGUCCGGAGGGCCUGCUAUGGGGUGCUGAGAUUUGUCAUGGAGAGUGGGGCAAAGGGAUGCGAGGUCAUUGUUAGUGGGAAGCUGAGGGCACAGCGUGCUAAAUCCAUGAAGUUCAAGGAUGGUUACAUGAUAUCCUCUGGUCAGCCGGUCAACGAUUAUAUUGACUCUGCUGUUAGACAUGUUCUUCUGAGACAGGGAGUCAUCGGUGUCAAGGUUAAGAUCAUGCUCGGUUGGGAUCCCAAGGGAAAGCAGGGCCCCACAACUCCGCUCCCUGAUAUUGUCACAAUUCAUCAACCCAAGGAGGAAGAAGAAUACAUCAGGCAAUCAAUGGUGCCGGUGCCGACUGAUAUUGAUGUCCCAGCCCCAGUUCCAGUUAUGUAG